AUGGCUAGUGAUGAGAGUUUUUUAGCUCUUGUGCACUAUAGAGGAUCCAUUAAGAAAAAAACGCGAUCAGAAAUUAAAUUUACUGAUAAAGACCCGUUGAGUAUUUUUCUCAAACCUUUGACGAGUUUUACUGAGUUUAAGAAUGCUAUACUUCAUAAACUAGGUGUUGUUCCAUUUCGUCAUCAGUUUUCUGAGGUGAGGACUCCAGAGCUAUUGGCAAAGCUUGUGGAUGUGGUAUCUAGUUCUGGAGGUUCGAAUAGGAAUCCUCACUCCUCAGGACAUCCAACCUACUCUAGUUCCAUGCCUGUUGGUUCCUUGUUAGUUGUACCGGUGCUUGCACCUGAGGCAGAUUUAGUUACUUCUCCUUCCUUUGCAUUUAAUCUGAACCACAAUGGUGAUACAGAAGUUGGUGAGGCUGGACCGUUGGGAGAGGUUGCAAUCGCGAUGCCUGAUUAUCCUAUGAUGGUCCUAGUUUUUAGAGAAGUUGGAGUACCUGAUGGGGUUGAUAAUGCACUGCAUGAUAAUGAUGAUGGUGAUGAUGUGGAGCUUGCCACGAUAGCUGAUGAUAAUGACGAUGAGAUAGCACGGACGACUCCAACUGUGGGUGGGGGAGCAUCUAGUUCAGGUACUAAUCAGUACCCCCUGCACUUCUCUACUCUGGACUUGGAUGCCAUGGCACCUCAGGGGGAUCCGAGUGUACCUAUUGACUUCGAGGCAAGAGAUACACAUAAUACAGGAGUUGUAUCUGAAUUUCAAACUGGUCAGCAGUUUCAGGAUAAAGAAGAAGUUGUGUUAAACGUGAAGACUUAUAGCAUUCACUGUGGUAUUGAGUACAAAGUAUUGGAAUCCGAUAAUCGCAAGUACUAUAGCAAGUGCAAGGAGUUCGGUUCCGGGUGCGCAUGGCUCACUCAGGUUAGCCUCCGCCAGUGCAAAGGCAUUUGGGAGGUAAAUGGUACAAUGGUCCUCGCACUUGUCUAG